AUUUGUUCGAGAUUCAAUCCAAAGAUUUUUGAGGGAGGUCUGAUAAAUUCUUUUUUUAAUUGGCUUGUGUGUGUGGAAACCAGCAGCAAUGGAUAUUAAGGCAUUUUUGGAGUCACCAACCCAAAAGGGAUUGGAGGUGGUGAAAAAGGAUGAUCUGAUAAAGAUUGCUACAAGGCUAAACCUUACAGAAGUAAAGCAGUCUAUGAGAAAGGCAGAUAUUCAGAGAUUGAUAGCUGGCCAUUAUGUGGAAAAGAAGGUGUUUGAGAAGGAAGUGUUAAAACAGUUUCCUGGCAGUGAAAUAGCAAUUUCUGAGGCACAGGUGCAGCUGGCAAAGAUAGAAGCUGAACGAGAACAAACCCAGUUAAAGAUAGAGGCUGAACGAGAGCAAAAGAGAUUAGAGGCCGAACGAGAACAAAAUAAAUUAGAGGCCGAACGAGAGGAAAAGAGAUUAGAGGCCGAACAAAAGAAAUUAGAGACUGAACAAAAGCUAACUCAGAUGAAGAUAGAGGCUGAUCUAGCAAUGAAGCAGAUGGAAUUGAAGAGGAUGGAGCUGGAUAGUGAGGAGAAGGAGAAACAGAGGCAGCAUGAGUUACAAAUGAAGCGUAGGAGUUCGGAAUCUGAUUCUGAUGAUGGUUUUUCAGCCAGCAGGGAGGUUCGAUUAGUCCCUCCGUUUGAAGAAGAUCAGGUUGAUCAGUAUUUCCAACAUUUUGAAAAGGUUGCUGUGAGUUCAAACUGGCCAAGGAAAGGAUGGGCUCUUAUGGUACAGAGUGUGAUUAAAGGUAAAGCUCAAAAAAGCUUAUUCUGCUUUGUCUGUUGAGGAUGCAGCUGAUUAUACCAAGGUAAAACAAGCUAUAUUGAAGGCCUAUGAAUUGGUCCCUGAGGCUUAUAGACAAAAAUUCAGAGACUUGAGGAAAUCUGCAGAUCAGACUUAUAUGGAAUUUGCCAAUGGAAAGAGAAUAUGUUUUGAACGAUGGUGCCUGGCU